AUGGCUACAUCUUCUUUGAAUGUCCAGCCUUCUUUCCAUGCUCGCUUCAAACAGUUUGCCUUCAAGCCCCUCGAUCAACAAGCUCUAGCUCAAGAGCAGCAAAGGAAAUUGGUUGAACAACUUUUGGAUGGAUCUCUCAUGCUCCUCGAUGUAUGCGGGACUGCUAGAGAUGCCUUGUCCCAAACAAAGGACUGCACACAUUAUCUUCAAUCGGUUUUGCAUCGAAGAAGAGGAGUUGGGGGGCUUGCUAAUGAGGUUAGUAAAUACUUAGCCUCUAGGAAGGCAGUGAGAAAGGCAAUCUGCAAGGCCUUGAAGAACUUGAAGCAUAUGGAGAAUAAACUUAGCAAAGAUGGUGAGACAGAAGCCGUGAUUAGCACCUUGAAACAAGUAGCAGCAGUAACCAUCAGCGUUAUAUAA